UACUACACGGUAUUAAUGGCGUGUUAUAAUUAACGCUGCGUAGUACGAACUACUGAAUGACAAUUAACAAAGUUCAAAAAAUCAGAGCUCAUGAACAGUUUACGGUGGUGCUGAGAUUUGAAAAAAACAUGGCAACCAUCAGGAAACUCCUUCCUUUUCUCUGAAUGUAUGCCCUAAACAGGCUUCCACUUGCUAAACAACGCUUCUCUCUUCUCGAUGCAUUCACCUGUUAGAAAAGAAAUGUCAUUAUUACCCCAUUCUGAAGAAUCUGAAUCUUUCACAACACCUGCAACCUCUAAUGUAGCAACCUCGACUGCCAAAUCAGCAUUUUAGUGAGACUACCUGUGCCAAAUUAUUGCGUGGGUUCAAAUUUAACUCCAAAGAAAUAAAGCAAUGGUAAAGACCCUCUGGGCACCGCUGUACCCGACCCCCAUCAUUAGACCGGCACAGACUUUGUCUCUGCAUGCAGAGGAAAAAAAGGAAAACGUUUCCUAAUUCAAGGAAAGAAAAAGUAGGAAAAAAAAAAUCGCUGCUUCUUUGACGGGCAACUUGAGUGGCUGUGAGCUCGGUAUAUAAAUCCAGCACAAGUUUGUUGGUCUCACAGAAGCGAGUUGCGCAGAGAACGUGGAGACACCCCACCGGAAGAAGACGCCAUGUUGACACACAGACACAACGCCCUCCUCUCAGCAAUGGCUGCACUGCUCCUCCUGACCACAACGGGACAAUCUGCCGGGCUGAGCGACCAGCUGCAGACCACAGGAGGUCCCGACCCGUUGACCUCACGUCUGACCACACAGCUCACCAACAGCAGCACGGAGGAACCUCGGGCUCUGCUCUUGUCCAAGGCCUGCAGAACUGAAGAUAAAGACUUCUGCAAAAACGGUGGCGUGUGCAUGUACCCCCAAGACAGCGACAAGCCCUCUUGCAUCUGCCAGUCGUCGUACAGCGGGAAGCGCUGCAUGUUUAUCAUCGGACGCACUCAAACUCGGAUUGAGUGGGAGAAACUGAUUGGCAUCGGUUUUGGGGUAUCCGUGCUCAUCCUGGUCCUGGCCUUCAUCAUUUACUGCCUCGCUUCUAAGAGGUGUAUAAAAUCGGCACCGCUCAAACAAAUCAGCCCCGCCUGAGUCGUCGUCGUGACCCCCUGUACCCCAUCAUCAUCAUCAUCAUCGUUAUGAAACAGAAAUAUUACUAUUUAUUGUAUUACAGAAAUUAACUUAUUGACAGUGCACAAUUUAUUUUACCUUUUGUAAUUUAUGAAAAAUGAACGCGUCAUUGAAUGUUUUGUAGGUUAAAGUUGUAUCUAUACACACACACUGAAUUAUUAAAUUGUUACUUAAGGAGAUGGAUAUUUUGUCUAAGCAUAUUCUUUGUUAUAGUUGUGUUUUGGAAUAUAAAAUGUAAAACAAUAGCAAUGGAUCCCGAGACGAGCUACACCCUUCAUUUAAUCCUAAAACACAAAUUUGCUGAUUUAGAUUAAAACAUGUAAAACAGCUGUAUUCCAGAUACCAAACAGUACACAUAGACAUGAAAUGGGUGUUCAGAGGGAGAAUAGUGUAUUUUGAUUAGCCAAUACAACUUGUUAAAGUUAAUAAUGAAGAUACUUAAAGUCAGUUUAAAAAAAUGGAAAAUAAAACACAGACAAAGGAUGUAACAUCCAACAACUAGAACCAGUGAACAUAUGUGUGGAAGGAAUUGUUUUUAUUUUCUAUUCAAUGUCUUGUACUAUCUGGAACCUGAGAUAUAAAGUUUGAAAUAAAGAAAAUGGGUAAAAAUGCAAUGGAAAUGAAUGUUUCUAAUACAAUAUGUGUAAACCCUCACCAGUAUACCCAGCACCAGUAAUCUCAGUUUAAACGAUAAACUUGUACAGAAACUCAUUUCAAUACUUCAUUUAAUAUAAAUACUUAUAUUUGAGAAGUCCAUUUUUGUUUAUAUACUUACUAAUGAACUAUCUUUGAAUGACAGAGUUUUGAAUAUAUACAUACUUAUUUGUAGGUAGACUAUAGAUUGAUAUUUGGAAAGUAUGCAUUUGGUGCAUACUGCACUCGGGUUACAUUUUAAAGUACUUUUACUGAUUUAUUUCAUUUUACACUCCACCGCUUAGUCUGAAAUAUUGUGCUGUUGUUGUUUACUGCUCUUCAUUUGUCUCUCAGCUGUUUUUAUUGGCUAAUAAAUUCAGAUUUCUGAAACAAAA